AGGUUCCUGAUGUAGAUUUUAUUAAAGUUAUUUUUUUUGUGUGUGUAUGUGUGAGUUAACCUGAUAUCUUUCUUUUUCAGAAUCCAUCACCUUUAUAUGGUGAUAUGGCUCUGAUGAACCGUGGAUCACCAGCUGGUGGUGUUCCAGGUGCAAUGAAUGCCAAUGCAGGAGUUCCAACAGGUAGUCCAAAUAUGGCUGCUCUAAGUCCUGGCAGUCGAGCAGGAAUGGCCAAUCUUGGGGGCCCAGCUAUGGCUGCUAUGGCUGCCAUGGCUGCUGGGAGUGCUGGAGCACAGAGUGGUCAUAGUGGAGUUCAUGCUGGGAUGAAGAUGCCAAGAUAUAUGCCUCCAAACAUUUUGCAGCAACAGAUGUAUGGUGGAGUAGAUCCACGCAUGAUGAUGAUGAUGGGGCGAGGGAUGCCACCUGGAGCCGCAGCUGCUGCUAUGAUGAGAAGUCCCAUGCAUCACUUCAGGCCAAGGUUUAUGUGACCUUCAUUUAAUGCAUUUAAUGGGGGUGAAUUAUAUCACUUUCAGCAAGAGACCCAAUUACAAAUGGAGGAUGUUAAAGGAGGCUUUCCAAGGUGAAAGUGGAGUGAAAAUUACACCAGUCUCUAGAUUGGCGUGGUAGUGAGGUCCAGAUAUCUUGAACUUUGGUAUGUGAAAAAGAGGUGUUUUGCAGAUGUAUAUAGUACAUGAUGUUAACUGAAACUGUAAAUAUAAACUAUUCUUUGGAAUUUAAACCAAUCACCUAUUUGUUCAAAAUGUGAAAAGAAACAGUUUUUCACCAUUUUAUUAUUACUUUUAAAAUUUUAAGUUGGUAAUAACUCCGUGAAGAGAUAUUCUCAAUUUGAGUCUCCAAUGAGGCUUCCCUGGUUUACCACAUAAUAUAAAGUGACACAGAACUUGAUCUCAAACGUAUGUAUACUAAACUACAUCUGUAAGUACUUGUAUGUUAGGCAAGUAUAAUUUUCUACUUUAAUGUUACAUGACUCAUGUAAACGAUCAUAGUAUAUAAGUAAAGAAUAAUAUUUAGUAAUGACAACUUCAAAGUUAUUGUGCAGUUGAUGCUGCAUGAUCUGUAUUGAGAUAAAAUACAUUUAGAGUUGUAAUUUUCAGUUGGAAAUAUCCAUCAAGAUAUUUUGUCAUUGUAUUGAAAGAUAUAUUUUCUGUGCAUUGCAAUUUGAUCUGGAAAAAAUAUAUAUUUUCUCAAAACCAAUUUAUUGGAUUUUAGCUGUCAAAAUAUUUGUGAGGUUACAGAUCUGGUAGAUUGUUUACUUUCACUUUUCUUUCUUUAUAAAUUAUGAUGGUAGCAGCUAUAUAUGAUGGAAAGCAAGGCCUUUUCACCUAAGUUCUUCUUAAGCAUACUUUAAAAGGGCUACAGGGUUACAUGUCACUCAUGUCACAAAAAGCUGUUCCUAGUUUGUUCCUCAACAUGCACAAAAUGCUCUUCAGUCGAACCUCUAAGGUAAUACUGCACUUGGCUUUGCAUUUUUAUUUGUUAGACCAGAAAGCAAAUUAUUUUUUUCUAUAGAAAAUAAAUAAAAUUGUUUCUUAUCAGUAAAACUGAUGUAAAUACUUUUCAUAUAUCCAAGUAAUUUCAAGCUAGAUGAUUUACUGGCACCUUUCUUUUUAAAUCCAAUAUGCUCUUCAUGAAUGUACAAAAACAUUUGAUAUAUAUUUGACUGUGCCAAUUGUUUUUGAGAAGAAAUUAUAUACAUACAUUUGUCUUCUAUGAUAAUGUCUGUUGUUCCUUGCUGGUAAUUUAUGCUCACUUUUCCUUAGCUUUAUUCUUUGAAAAAGUUCCUUACAUUAUCAAUGACACAUUUUUGAAAGCUUUGCAUUAAAGAACUGAUGUUUUGCAUUUUGAGGAUGUAGUUAGGGAGGUUCGACUGCAUGAAUGGUAAACAAUAAAUAAUUUAAUAAAUGGUGUGUAGUACUUCAUGUUAUUGAUUUCUCAAAUGAUGUAAUAAUGUUAAUAGAUAAGCUGAAUUGUCUGACUUAUUUGAGAAAUAUUUUCCUCAUGUACAUCAAAUACAUUUUAGUGACAGUGUUUUUCACUCUCAAUAUUGUAUGUUCUGUAUAAUGUGUCUGAGCAGUAUAUCUUUUUUACUUAGUUAUUAUCAUUAAAAGGACUGUUCAAGUCUGUUGGAUGAUCAAGUUCUAUUGUGCCAUCUUAUUUUGUGGUUGUCUGACCGUUUGUGGUUGUCUGAUACAUGUGGUGUACAGGUAUAUCUGGAGGGGAUGCAAAGUACAUAUUUCAGUUAAGAACAUGCAAAGUUUUUAAAGUCAUGAAGAGUAAAGGGGCAUGUUUUGGAGAGACGUCUCGCAUUUUUCCUUUCUGAAAGUACGAAAGGGGUGGCUGUCAACCUUUAUACAAAAUAGGUAAUAAGACUUUGUAUGCUUCCAUUUCAAACAUUACAGAGUAAGCUUUUCAGUGUUGCCUUGUUGACAUACUUUUUAUAUUUAUCAUCUGUAGGGAGACUAAGCCUGUGUUUAUUUGGAUUUAUGGUUGUUACUUUGAUUGUUGAGCUUUAAAAAUGUGCUUUUCCUUUGAAAGUUAAGUUGAAGGUUUGUAAUUUUCAUUUCCUUUCUGUUUUAUAGGGAUAAUCCCAAGGUUGAAGGUUUGUAAUUUUUCACAAUUUUUUUUAUAGGGAUAACCCCCAUUACAUCUUCCAUUAAUGUGCUCUCUACCUUAAUUUGUAUGUAUAAUCAGUACUGUAUAGGAUAAUACUCAAAAUUUGGUGCUUCUCUCUGAGCUAAGGUUGUGCAAGUAUUCCAUUAGACUGAUAUUAUAUUGGUAGCUAUUACUCUCUAAUUAUUUUUAGUGAUUAAGAAGAAAUUGUAUUUUUGGAAGGUCUUGUCCUGUGCUCUACUUAAAAAUAUGUAAUGACAUGUAGAUAAUGGGUGACAUACCUGAUGAUUGUAUAUAAUUUUGGAAUUCUUUUUUCUUUCUUUUGUGAAGAUAUAUUCAUCACUAGAUGAAUGAAAUGUUCAGUGCUAGGAGAACUAGGAAUUCCAGUGACUGUCAUAUCUCCCAAGAAGCUGGAUACAAAAUAUAUAGAUGGCUCAUUAAAUGUUCUUUUUGUUGAACAUUUUAUUAAAGAAGAAAAAAUUAUUAAUACUUGUCUUGUUUACAAUUGUUAUUUAAAUACUCGUGAACCUCAAAGCAAUAUUUAUCAUAAAUGUGCAGAUGUUUUGCUGUAGUUGCUAUGAGCAUUUCAGUUUCUUUUUUAAGUGAUAUCAUUGUACUUAAUGUGGUAUGGCCAGAAAGCUUGAUAAAUGGCAGCUAUACUUCAGCUGAUACCAGUGUUCUGUAACAACAACUUUCUAAGUUUCUUAAAAUGGACUUCAUUUUAGUUCUUAAUCCAUUUAACAAAACUGAACAUAGAUGUUUGUCCCAUAGCAUAAUAUGUUGAGGUUAAAUUUUGUGUUUUGUAUAUAAGUUUAUAGUGUGACUAAUAUGUAUUUUGGGUGAUUGAAGGAAAAGUGUUUAAAUAGUCUCAAAAAAUGUUAUGAGUAAUUUGAUUUUCAGUAUUUCUUUUGCUUAGCUCCAGUAAUCAUUUUCCUAUCAUCUGUUUAAUGGAAGUUUUUAUUAUAGUUUUUUUCCAGAAUGGCUGACUCCCCAAAAUUUCAUUAUGUUAAGGCCAAUUAAAGUGUUGUUCAGUAAUUAGCAUUUAUUUCAGUUUUAAGAAUAAGUCAGAUUAUGUUUUGUAUAAGAAUAUGUUUUAACAUAUAGUUUAGCAAUUUCUAUUAUUUUUUGUUGGAGCAGAUAAUGUAUUAUACCAUAAGAGGCAACAACAUUUUUUUUUUAGUAUACAUGAUAACAUUGAUUAAAGUCAGCGAGCCCUUUUAGAAAAGUUUGAUGAAUGAGGAUUUCAAAAAAAGGUGAUACCGUUGUUGUAUAUUGCUCAACUUUCAGUCACACUUCUUGUUACUUCAAUAUUUCAUACAUGUAGAUGUAGAGAUUAUUGUCAUCAAGAUAAUCUAAGUAUGUUUUUUCUUUUUUUUUUACGUUAUACCACAUAUCAAUGAAAACUCUAGGUAAGGUCAUGUGGAUAUACAUGCAAUAUCUGAAAUUUCAGGCACAUGGCAGUUCCAUUUGAUGGUGCAGUUCACUGAUUAAUUACAUGUUACAUUGAGCAGACAACCCACAGAAAGAAUGUUAUACAUCAUACUUUGAUUUACCAAAGAGCAAUAUCAAACUCUUCAAAGAAAGAAAUAGUAACAAAAUAGUAUCUAUACCUCUAAAAAAAAUCUCUCUGCAAGGACCACUUAAGAUAUUUAACUUUUGCUCUCCCUUGUGAUUGCUACUACAGAAGUGUUGCAUCAUGAAGAAUCUUAGUGGACUUUCAAUCUCAGUUAACUGUAUUCUUGCACAUUUGACUUUAUUUGCAUUUUCAUGAUAGUUUAUUCUAGUGUAACCAUUAUAGGAUGUAUUUGUCAUGAUUUGGGAUGAUAUGCACUUGAAGUGAAACUAGUUUUUUCAUUUUAUUUUUUUUAUUUGUAUGCUUGUUACUUUUCAUUAUUACAUUUCCCCUUAUUUUAUUUCAGUUGCAUAUGAUUAAUCAAAAUAAGGUUCUGUUAUGCUUAAUCCUUUCAGUAAUUAACUGUAGCAAAAUGUUGAUACCUUUGUAAAUUUGCAUGUAGCAUAUGGAAAGUAAUUUGUUUUAAUCCAAGCACCUAAAAUUAAUGAUUUCUUGUAACUUUAUUGGACGACAGUACCAUUGCAGAUGUGUAUGUGUAAGUAAAUGUCUAGCUUUGAGAAUGCAAAUGAAUAUUGCAGAUAUGUCAGAAUAUUUCUCUUUUCAAUAUGGUGGCAAACUAUUCAUAGUGUUGCUAUUAAGUAUAGAUCUCCAACAGAACUUGACCAUUCUGUUUUGUGUAUGACAAAACCUUACCCAAUGUGUUGUGUUUAAUCUUUGUGUGAUAUUGGUGCUGACUCAAUGACAGUGCUGUGGUUGUUAAUUUUGUUAAUAAGGAUAAUAAGACAAAUGUAAACUUGUAUAUAAGGAUUUUUAGUAGGUUAUUGUAAAAGCUUUCUCAUGAGCAGUAAAUUAUUGUUGUAUGAUCAUUUUCAAACAUAAGGGAAUUGCAGUGUUGAUAAUGAGCAAGGCCUCUUUUCUUUCUUUCAUUCUUUGAUUUGAAUAGGAAAAAAUAUGUAUACCUCUAGGAAAUAGAUUAGAAUUUGAUGUAAUGAGUAACUGAUAGUAUUCAGUACAGUGUUCAAAGUUGUUCCUAGAAACUCACAAAGGUGCACAUCCCUUACUUUUUCUCAUCCUCUACAUGUAGUAAAUGAGAGUGUGAAUGCAUAUGAAUGAGUCUGGAAGCAAAUGUCUAUGAAUGUGGAAUUUAUUUAAGUGCUUUUUAUUUAGCUUUUGUUUUUUUUUACCUUAACCUUAGACAAUUUUGUAUUGCCAUUCACUAGUCCAGUGAAGUGAAUGCAGUUCACCAGUUUUCAUAUGACUUAAUUCACCACACAGCCAAGGGUUGCUGCUGACCUACACAACUAGCUAAUAAAAAGGCUUAAGAAUUUCAUGUUUACAUUAAUUUUCAUCCCAUGCUUUUGUGAAUAUUUCACUUCUUUUUUAUUAUAAUUUUUAGCUGCUUGGCUUAGGUAUAUUUUGUGUGUCUAAUGUCUACCAUUUCAUAUUUUGUUUCUUUGUAAAUACCUUUGCUAUGGUAGUGAAUCCAGUAGUUGUGGAUAUGACCUGUAGAAAAUGUUAGUGAUUUAUUUUUCUAGUAAACAAGUAGUAUUCAUUUCAGUGACCUAAUGUAUCGAGUUUUUCAAUACUUAAAAUAAAAUAAACUUUCUAUGUA